AUGUGCUUGUACUCCCCCUCGCCCUCCCCCUCCCCCUCGGCGCCGGCGUGCGCGGAGCCGGGCGCGCUGCACUGCGCGGGGCGCUGCGUGGCGGCCGAGCUGGUGUGCGACGGCCGAGACCACUGCGCGGACGGCGGCGGCGGCGGCGCCGGCAGCGACGAGGACCCCUUCAUGUGCUCAUCAUACUCCCGCGCAACAGCCUCGGACGCAGCGCUAGGGGUCGCCGCGACCUCCCGCUCGGCGUGCGCGGCCGGCGAGUGGCAGUGCGCGAACCGAGCGUGCGUGCCGCGCGCCGCGCUCUGCGACGGACAGGACCACUGCGGGGACUUCAGCGAUGAGAGGAGAUGCAGUGAGUAUAGCGCUAGGGGCCGCCGCGACCUCCCGCUCGGCGUGCGCGGCCGGCGAGUGGCAGUGCGCGAACCGAGCGUGCGUGCCGCGCGCCGCGCUCUGCGACGGACAGGACCACUGCGGGGACUUCAGCGAUGA